AAGUUUGACAGUAUUGCACCAUAAUAUUUUGUUUUUCUCCAAUGUUCGACAAGCGAUGAAUCAUUUCAUUUUCACACUUAUAUAAAUACACCGUAUAUAGUGGAACGCUACGCAAUAACAAUAUUUACUACGAAGCAGUAGGAGUGUUGAACGAAUAUUAGUAUUUUUUCUCAAGUUAAACAAGCAAGCUAAAUUGUUCUCAGAAAUGGAAGAUCAAGUACCAUUUAAAGUUUACACGUUUUGGAAUGAAGAUGAUAAGCCAGAAGUAAGGAGAUUUGGGGUAGAAAAGAGUGUUGUGACCAGUUAUCAUUACUUGAAUGCUAAACUUCAAGAUGUCUUCCCUGGACUAAAAAACAAGUAUUAUGUAGUGUCAUGGAAAGAUGAAGAUGGAGAUGAUGUAGCAAUAUCUUCAGAUGAUGAAAUCAUGAUUGCCUUAUCAGCCAUGGAGGAUCUGGAUAUUGUUAAAUUGUAUGUCAGUUGCAAAGACAAGGUGACUAAGGCUGAUGAUGAGUGUGACAUUGUUCUUACUGCUGUUGCUGACACCAAUGCUGAUUACAGUACAAUGCCACAUUGUGGUGUAAUUUGUGAUGGAUGCGAAUCUCCAGUGAUUGGUUUCCGCUACAAGUGUACUUACUGUGAUGAUUAUGAUCUGUGCUCAAAAUGUGAAGGUGCUGGCUUACACCCUCAACAUUGCAUGGUGCGAGUGCCCACCCCUAAUAUGCCUCGCACUGUCAUCAGAACAGCAAUAAAAAGGUCCAGAAAUUUCUUGAAGUCUGUUACUUUUACUGUUGAUGAUGAAAAUAGUAAGAAGCAAUGCCGUGAAAAGAGCAAUGAAAGGAAACGUCGUGGUGAUCAUGGGCAUGGUCACCAUGGUCAUGGCCACCGCCAUAGUGGUGAUCGUGAACAACAUCAUCAUCGUCGUCCACGCACCAGUUGGCUAGAAACCUUUGCAAACUAUAUGAAUGAAUUUGCAAACCUUGCUGGAGAUGUGAACAUUGAUAUAGAGAAAAAGCCGACACAAGAAGAAACAAAGGAAAAUACUUCACAAGCUCCUAAAGAUGAGGCAUCAACUUCAACAGAAAGGGAGCAACCUCAAUGUCCUUUUGCAGUAGAAAAUUUGGAUAUUGAGAAUAUUCAAAAGCUUCUUAAUUUGUAUUUAAGUGGCUUAAACCCUAAACCUUCUACUUCAAACAAUGCUGAAAAUUCUCAAAAUCAGCCCCAAGAAACCUCUGUCAAUACUAAUGAUGUAGAAAUGGGUCAAGGCGAUCGUAAAUCUCCAGAAGAUGACAAGGAAAGUGUCAGGUCUGAGGUAUCAUCAACUACUACUGCUGAAUCUAAAAGAGAGGAAACUCCAGAAAUAGAAAAAGGAGACAAGGUUGAUGACUGGACCGUCAUUAAUAAAGAAAAAGAUCUUAUGGAUACAUAUGUCAAGAGUGGCACUUCUCAGCCACCAAUUGGCUUCAACCUUCCAGAGGAGUUUCAAGAACGUGUGAAAAUUUCUGAAGGACAAAACCUAUAUCCUCCUCUCAACUUAGCAACUGCUGCAUUGAAUCCUAAAGAACCAGAACAUCGAGUUGAUCCUCCCCAGCCAGCUUCGAGUCAGGCUCAAAGUUCAGGUGACAAACAGUCGCCGUCCGUUCCCGUUGCAGACAAGCAAGAAGCUAAACCUAAAGAGCAACCACGAAAACGUCACCCAUUGGCUCAUAUUGAUGCAGCUAUUGAGCAGAUGAUGGCCAUGGGUUUCACCAAUGAUGGUGGGUGGCUGACUCAACUUCUCGAGAGCAAGAAUGGCAAUAUUGCUGCUGUUCUUGAUCUCCUUACUCCAGUCAACACUAGGAAGUAAACUUGUACAG